AGGCACCGAAGGCCCCUCCUCUCGUGGGCAGGCAGGCCAGAGACGGGGAGGUUUCUUUUCCCGGGGGCGGGCCUCAGCGGCGGGGGCGGAACUGAAGGCGGGGCAGGACGCCGAAGUCCCCACCUCCGAAGGCGGGUUUAUUUGGCAGCCGCGGCGGAGGUGGCAGCUUAGCGUAGUUGGCGGCUCAGUUGCCUGGCCGAACAGGCUCUGGCUCCUCCCAGUGGCCGGCCCGGGCGGAAGCAGGAGGCGGGGGCAGCGUGCGCGUUGCUGGUCUCCUCUCCCGCGGCGUAGGGGCCCGCACUCCGCUGCUGCUGGCUGCUGCUAGAUUCGGCGCUUCGCCGGAGACCCGCUCCUUGUGCGCCGCCUGCCAGCCCGCUCCUCUACCAGGCCUCCCCCUCAGUCCCGCCGGUGGCGUCGACCCCACCGGCCCUCUCCCGCCCCGUCUCAUCUCUGGCCGCUGCUGCCGCCGCGGCCCCAGCCCCGAUGGCUCUCUGCAACGGAGACUCCAAGCUGGAGAAUGCUGGAGGAGACCUUAAGGAUGGCCAUCACCACUAUGAAGGAGCUGUUGUCAUUCUGGAUGCGGGUGCUCAGUAUGGGAAAGUCAUAGACCGAAGAGUGCGGGAACUGUUCGUACAGUCUGAAAUCUUCCCCUUGGAAACACCAGCAUUUGCCAUAAAAGAACAAGGAUUCCGUGCUAUUAUCAUCUCUGGAGGACCUAAUUCUGUGUAUGCAGAAGAUGCUCCCUGGUUUGAUCCAGCAAUAUUCACUAUUGGCAAGCCUGUUCUUGGAAUUUGCUAUGGCAUGCAGAUGAUGAAUAAGGUGUUUGGAGGUACUGUACACAAAAAAAGUGUUAGAGAAGAUGGAGUCUUCAGUAUUAGUGUGGAUAACACAUGCUCGUUAUUCAGGGGCCUUCAGAAGGAAGAAAUUGUUUUGCUUACCCACGGAGAUAGUGUAGACAAAGUAGCUGAUGGAUUCAAGGUUGUGGCACGUUCUGGGAACAUUGUAGCAGGUAUAGCAAAUGAAUCUAAAAAAUUAUAUGGAGUGCAGUUCCACCCUGAAGUUGGCCUUACAGAAAAUGGGAAAGUAAUACUGAAGAACUUCCUCUAUGAUAUAGCUGGAUGCAGUGGGACUUUCACUGUGCAGAACAGAGAACUUGAGUGUAUUCGAGAGAUCAAAGAGAGAGUGGGCACAUCCAAAGUUUUGGUUUUACUCAGUGGUGGAGUAGAUUCAACAGUUUGUACAGCUUUGUUGAAUCGUGCUUUGAACCAAGAUCAAGUCAUUGCUGUGCACAUCGAUAAUGGCUUUAUGAGAAAAAGAGAAAGUCAGUCUGUUGAAGAGGCCCUCAAAAAGCUUGGAAUUCAAGUCAAAGUGAUAAAUGCUGCUCAUUCUUUCUACAAUGGAACAACAACUCUACCAAUAUCAGAUGAAGACAGAACUCCACGAAAAAGAAUUAGCAAAACUUUAAAUAUGACUACGAGUCCUGAGGAGAAAAGAAAAAUCAUUGGGGAUACUUUUGUUAAGAUUGCCAAUGAAGUAAUUGGAGAAAUGAACUUGAAACCAGAGGAGGUUUUCCUUGCCCAAGGUACAUUACGGCCUGAUCUAAUUGAAAGUGCAUCCCUUGUUGCAAGUGGCAAAGCUGAACUCAUCAAAACCCAUCACAACGACACAGAGCUUAUCAGAAAGUUGAGAGAGGAGGGAAAAGUAAUAGAACCUCUGAAAGAUUUUCAUAAAGAUGAAGUAAGAAUCUUAGGCAGAGAACUUGGACUUCCAGAAGAGUUAGUUUCUAGACAUCCAUUUCCAGGUCCUGGCCUGGCAAUAAGGGUUAUAUGUGCUGAAGAACCUUAUAUUUGUAAGGAUUUUCCUGAAACCAACAAUAUUUUGAAAAUAGUAGCUGAUUUUUCUGCAAGUGUUAAAAAGCCACAUACACUAUUACAAAGAGUCAAAGCCUGCACGACUGAAGAGGAUCAAGAGAAGCUGAUGCAGAUUACAAGUCUGCAUUCACUGAAUGCCUUCUUGCUCCCAAUUAAAACUGUGGGUGUGCAGGGUGACUGUCGUUCUUACAGUUACGUGUGUGGAAUCUCCAGUAAAGAUGAGCCUGACUGGGAAUCUCUUAUUUUCCUGGCUAGGCUUAUACCUCGCAUGUGUCACAACAUUAACAGAGUUGUCUAUAUAUUUGGCCCACCAGUGAAAGAACCUCCUACAGAUGUUACUCCCACUUUCUUGACAACAGGGGUGCUGAGCACUUUACGCCAAGCUGAUUUUGAGGCCCAUAACAUUCUCAGGGAAUCUGGGUAUGCUGGGAAAAUCAGCCAGAUGCCAGUGAUUUUGACACCAUUACAUUUUGAUCGGGACCCACUUCAGAAGCAGCCUUCAUGCCAGAGAUCUGUGGUUAUUCGUACUUUUAUUACUAGUGAUUUCAUGACUGGUAUACCUGCAACCCCUGGCAAUGAGAUCCCUGUGGAGGUGGUGUUAAAGAUGGUCACUGAGAUUAAGAAGAUUCCUGGUAUUUCUCGAAUUAUGUAUGACUUAACAUCAAAGCCCCCAGGAACUACUGAGUGGGAGUAAUAAACUUGUUCUGCUAAAGUACCGUGUGCAGUUUAAAUUGAUUAGAAACCUUUCCCAGUAUUGACAUGCAGUACUGUCAAAAGAGUUACUGGAGCAACUACUUCACAUCUGAGUUCUCUGCAGCAAAAAUCUAUGGCUUAAGAGCUGAGUUGGGGAUAACUAAAAGGGACUGAAGAGUUUGUACGGGUAUAAUCAAAGCACCAUUGCCUACACUCAGACUGACACUGCUUUUGCCUUUUGCCUUUGCCUCUGCCUCACUUGUUAUUUAUGUAUAAACUCGCUGUUACUAUUGAUGUCUCUGUCAAUGAAGAUGUAUGAAGGUAGGUAAGUUUGGGGGCUAGUAAUGGACUUCUGUCCCCUUGCCAGUUUCUAAGAGAUGUUGGAAACAUCUGCUGUUUACCAGUGUGACUUAGUAUGUAUAACUUUUGGAGAAUCUGAGUUUCCCUGUAAAUAACCUUAUUCCUCCAAAGAUCUGGGAAGGGGGUCAACAUAUCAGAUAAAGGUAUAGGUGGACUGUUCCAGCCACUUUUGUGGGACACUGGAGCUAUAAAAUGGUAAGCUACUUUAAGAUGGAAAAACACCAGGAAUUUGGUGAAGUACUUUGAAUUUUAUGUCAUCACAGCCAUGGGAAGAAGGGACUAUGAAUAGUCUCAGUUUAAAAUGUUUUCAUGGAGUUCACGUUGUGGCUCAGUGGGUUACCAACCCGACUAGUAUCCAUGAGGAUGCAGAUUUGAUCCCUGGCCUCACUCAGUGGGUUAGGGAUCUGGCAUUGCUAUGAGCUGUGGUGUAGGUCACAGAUGAGGCUCGGAUCCAGCGUUGCAAUGGCUGUGGCAUAGACUGGCAACUGCAGCUCUGAUUUGACCCCUAGCCUGGGAAUUCCCGUAUGUCACAUGUGGGGCUCUAAAGAAAAAGCAAAAAAAAAAAAAGAAAAAGAAAAAGUUUUCAAAUCAUGUUUCAUGUUGCUCACUGUCGACCUGUUCAUUAGUAAGGAGCUUUAUCCUUCAGCCUUAUAUUGCCAACUCUCAUAGACUUGGAAAGGAAGUUUCUGUUCUCUCCCCAGAAAAGGCUGUCUUUGGUCUACCUUAGAUAAAUUUUGAGCAUUUAAUCUUGUUUGGUCAGAAGCAGCUCCAAGAUCACAGAAACCACCAUACAUGCUCACAGCUUACAAAUGCUUGCCUGUGUUUAUAUGAUCUAGUGAAGGAUUGUAAAAUGAGCGCUUAGAUGUAACCUGUGGGUAGGCUUAUUACCCUCUGCUCAAAAGUUGUGACCAGUCUUGGUCUAUGCAAAGUAUUGCCAAACUUUGUACUCCUUUCUACUAACUGUAAGAGAAGAGUCACUAACUGGGAUAAGACUCUGCCACUGAUUUCUAACAGAAUGCUUACAUUCAUGUAAUCACGAUAAAAAUAGAUAGUAUAGAUUUAAAUUCUGCAGCCAUUUCUCUCAAUAUUUUAGCUGAUAUUACUUUAAAAAAUGUUACCGUGUUUUUCUCAUACCAAUUCCAUCUCAGGUUGUUACCUCUAAUUUUCAAGAUCUUUUAUAUUAUCCAAGUAUACAGUUUUGUUUGGGAUUGAAUAUUAGGUAAAACAAUAAAAUUUUGCAUGGCAGAAGUCUUUCAUUCUGGUUGGCCCAGAAGAUAAGAAAGCUAUGUUGCUGGACUAGCAUGGGAAGAGCUCCUGUCUAUUGUUAACAGAUACCUGUAUCUGAAAGAAAGGAGUUUUGACUUGUAUAAAACUUGAAGAAUUCAUUCUCUGUCCUAAUGUUAAAGUACUCAUUAUGGCCUUUUGCAAAGAGGGUACAUUCAUGGUUUAGCCUUAAGAGAUUUGGAGUCAUGUUAUUUUAGAGCUGGAAUAGGAAACUUAUAAAAGGCUUGUAAACAUUUGUGUUUAUAUGAAAAGAAUUCCUCUUCUAGUAGAAGUGUCUUAUGAUUUUGUAUUCAAGGAAUCUAGGAAGAAUAGAUAGUGGGACUUUUUUCUUAAAGUAUUUUCUGUGGGACACAGAGAUAAAGGGCUAGGUGGUCAUAUAAGUUUGAAAAGUGCUGCUCACUUGUUCUGUCUUAGAGAUUUAUGGCAUACAUUAUUUUCAAAGCUCUGGGAAAUUUUGAGGUUAGAAACAAAUGUUAAACUUUUUAAAUGUAAUGUUUUCCUCGCAUUUGCUCACUAAACCCCUUUAUAUAAUCAUUCUUAAAACUGGAAAAGUGGUUUCUCCAAAACACAUCUAGACGUGAUAUAGUUUUUUAAAUUCAGACAUUUCCUAAUCUUCAGUAUCCUCUCUUCUUUCGCAAAGCACUUUUUGCUUUGUGCCAUGUGGUAUUACUCUACCUUCACAGUAUUUCAUCUGAGGACCUGAAAAGAGUCAAGCUUGCAGUUCCAUUUUACAGUUAAGGAGAUAAGCUCAGCUUUAGGUAAUUGUUACCUAAAGAGUUUCAGAAUUAAAUACAGGAUUUCCCAGUUAUUCUUUUCUUUAAGUGAAUUCUGACAUCUAAAGUUAUAUAAAGUUAUGGGAUGGUUUUUUUGUUUUUUGGCUUUUUUUUGUCUUUUGUCUUUUUAGGGCCACCCUCACAGCAUAUGGAGGUUCCCAGGCUAGGGGUCUAAUCAGAGCUGUUGCUGCCAGCCUACGCCAGAGGCACAGCAACACCAGAUCUGAGCUGCAUCUGCAAGAUCCUUAACCCACUGAGUGAGGCCAGGGAUCGAACCCACAACCUAAUGGUUCUUAGUCAGAUUUGUUUCUGCUAUGCUACGAUGGGAACUCCUAAGGGAUGGUUAUUUUUGACUAAGGCUAGAAGAGUGGCUUCCUGUCUAAUAACAUUCAUCAUUGGUCAUCCUUGGCAGCUUAUUACUGUAUUCCACUUAACCACUUGCCUGGGACACCUCUCUGUCUAAUAAAUACAUUUUGUUUCUUUGUGUCUAGCAAGGCAGGUUAGUGAAAGCAUCAUUUAUUCCUAAGAUUGGUAGGCAGCAUGAAAGAAAUUUCAUGAACCAAAUACCUUGUCCCACUUUCAUGGCCCCAUCUGUGAUCAUCAGUUCUAUUGGAAGUAAUAGCUUGGCAUAAUUUCUGGGGGUAGGUCUUUAGAUGUAUCUGGGAGAUAGGGUUACCUGAAUUUUCCCAUCUUUUUGCUGCACCUUUAUCUCUACAUGCGUAUUAGCCAAACAAGCAUUAUAAAGUUUGUUUUCUUGCUGUGUUUGGGCUUAUAUUCUGCUAACCUGUUUUUUUGAGUAAGUUGAAUCAAAUCUAGAGAGACUUUGAGGGCAUUCAGAUUAGGUAAAUAGGACUAUUCAUCUUUAGUGCUUUGUGUCUUGCCUUUAAACUGCUAUGUGAACUUAGUAAAGUCAUUUCUGUUUUUUUACAUGUAAGAUUAGGCAGUCAAACUAUAUUUACAGCAAAUUCAGCCCUAAAUUCUUAUUUUGUAAAUAACAAGAAAAUACAUAGCAGCAGACAAUGUAGAAGUGAGGUAGUUUUUGGUUUUUUUUUGUUUGUUUGUUUUUUUAAAGUGCUUUUAACACCAGUUGUGGCCCAAUCAAAAGUAAAUAUCAAAGCGUAUUGUAAAAUCAGAUAUUAACCACCUUUUUUCCGAGCCUGAGGCAUAGAUCAAAGUUUAACCACUUGAGAGUCUUUUUUCUGUUGUAACCAUGACACUUGGAAGAUAUUCAUUAACAACGUGUUCCUGGUGACAACCUUUUUUUUUCUUUUUAAGAUUUUAAUUUUUUCCAUUGCAGUUGAUUUACAGUGGUGACAAUCUUUACUGUGUGUUUUUGAAAAAGUUGGGAGAGCCUUGAGACCAGUGAAAAGUCUCCUAUACUCAGUUAUAUACAGCAGAUUGUUGGCAGAGCUAGAAUCCAGGCUUUCUGCUCUCUGCAUUGAAGAGGUGAUGCUCCAAAGCCCUUCAAGGCAGGGCUUUAAAGGAAGUUCUCAGUGUAUAAUUGACCAUCAGGGAUAAGUAUACUUCCAAAAUGUUAGUCAUCUUUUUUACAGUGAAUGGGUGAUUAGUUUCUGGAAGUAGAAAUCUCAGAAAUUUUCUGACAUUCUCACGCCCAAUGUUAUUAUACCUCUGUUUUUUCCUACCUUUCUCAACAACUCCCCUUUGCUACUCCCCACCCUUCUCCUGAAUUCUCAUUGGAAUGUGGUGAGAACACACCUUGGCUUUUACCUCAUUGGAUGCUCCUUUCAUUGGCCCCAAUUAGAAUUUAAUAGGGAACUGAAUACAACUUGGAUGUCUCCACUGUUGGAAAGUACCUCUUUGUCCUUAGUAGUGUAACCACACAGGUGAUAUGGGAAACUAGGAAAUCUUUUUCACCAGUUUAGGGCUUUGACAAAUGUAAUGGUGUCAUCCUUGGCUCUUAAAUUUCAAACGUUCCAUUUAAUGACAAGCACCUAACCCUAGUCUUAGGUAUUGAAUAGGCCCAGGUAUAUCACCCAAUUCUUAAUUUUUUCAGUUGUUCUCAACCCUGGAUUCCUGUUAUUGCUACUUGAGAAGUUAAGUGCAUACCACCUAGUCCCCACCAUAAAACCAGUUAAAAUCUUGGUAGGGCCCAGCUGGAAUAAAUUGUUUUUGAGGAAUAUACAUGGCCUCUUUAGUUAUAACUUAAAAUCUUGGUCAAACCUGUAGGUGAGAAGAGAAGGCCAUAGAUAGUGUUUUGCUGAAUAUCUGUAUGGCUAAAUUAGUUCAAAGCUAGGGACCGCACUCUGGAACUGAUUCUACCUAUACAGGUUUUCCCCACUAUCAGAAAGUAGAGCUUUCCUGAGAAACCUUUUCAUAAGCUAAAAUGGCAUAAAACAAGCAGUUACUUUAGGACACAUGUUGCCAAAGAUGCACAAAAUAAAUCCAGAUAAAGCACAGAUGCUCACAGACACAGUUCAAAGCUAUAGCAGAUGCUGAGUAUGUUCCCACGGAAGGAGCUUGGCAGUGCCACUCUUGCUUCCUGGGGUGUGCUCUUCCUCAAUACUAGCCCACUGCAAAAAAAAAAAAAAAAAAGCUGAAUGCUUUUUUUCACUUUUUGUCCUUUUUCAUAAAGGUACAAACCCUUUUCCAGUUUCAGUUUAUAAAUCUAGGAACUGCUGUAGGUCUUUUGCAAAAGUGAAGUGGCAUAAAGAACUUUGAAAAAGGGGAUACGUAUACUGUGUUGUAGGCCAAACACUCCAAGGGCCUGUUUGGGAAUAUUGGGACAGCUCACAUAGAUGUUACUCCCCUUGAGCCUGUGCAGCAAAUACAUAGGCUUCUCUCUCAAACUUUUUUCCUACUUUUGUUUUUCAUCGCAGAGGAGAAAUCCACUUGUGCAGCCAAGUCUCCAAAUCAGACUUUAGCUAGAUUAUGAAACUGAGACUGAGCUAUUACUAUUACUGAGCUGUUAUCUCAGAAAGCCCUCUGGAGCCAUGUCAUUUGGAUAUAAUGCUCUAGAGAGCUAGAGAUUACCUACCUGUAACCUAGUUUCCCUAAAUGAAAAUCUUUUGAGCAGUUCCAUUUUAAUUUACCCAUUUAAGGUCUUUGUUCACUGAUGAAUCCUGUGGCAUCUUUUGGCCUUCUUAAGGACCCCUUGGUAAACAAAGUCAUGAGGCUUUGGGGGUAGUUUGGCUCUUUCUUCAGUAUACUAAAUUCAGUAGCUCCAAAAUUCUGAGUGUUCCAGGAAGCCUGAACCUCAACUAAGCAGAGUAAAUGCCUUUGGAGAGUACAAAUGAUCAAGGUGAGUAAUUUUUUUGUUUUUCACCAUUGUUACACCCUUAUGGUAUUAAAUGGAGAAGUAAAUAUAACCUUUUGAACAGAUUUUUUUAUAGAGAAAUAUUUUGUUAAUCGGAGUAACUAGUAUGGCUGUGAAGUCACUAUGAAUUGUGGUGUAGUGAAAUGUUUCUUGAAUGUUGUGGCAAUGUUGGCAUAAAAUAGCUUUGCUGAAUUAAUGUGAAAUGACUUUAAUGCUUUUUUGUCUUCCACAUAUUUCAUAAAAGAGGAAAUGUCUACUUUUAUAAUUUGUUAUUAAGCUUUAGGGUUCAUGAGAAAGAGAAGCAAGAGCAAGAGGGUAGACACUAUCAGAAAGUGGGAAAUAAGAAAUUGCAUAUGCUGUCAGAGGUUUCUGGAUGAUAAAAUUAAUCUGUUUCUCUUAGUUUUUAUAGGAGGGUGUCAGUGUUUUGCCUAGAGUGUUAACAGUGGACACAGUGGACAUAAAGUUUUGGGUAACUUUAUUUAAAUGAUCAGCUAAAGGUGUUUGUGUUUCUAAAAUUAAAGUCAUAUGUAUGUACACACAGAUACUUAACUUGAUUUCUUGCAUAUUCAUUUAUGUUUGAUCAUAAUUGUUCUUUGUUUUUUAAAAACAUAAAUUACCUGUAUUGAUUUAAUAUACAAGUUGGAUACUUUUCAUUGUUUGGAACAAUGUUAUCAGAGUUGAUCAAACCUGUCAAAGUCAAUAUUUGUGUUAGUGAGUUACCAAUUUGAAGAUGAGAGGAAAUAACCAUUUUCACAAACUGAAUUCAGUAAUUACCAUUAGGUGGCUACAUUGCUCUGAUAGCUGUGACUUUUCAGAUCAUUGACCCUAGUCUGGCCUUCUGCUGUCUGUGAAAACUAUAUUUGGUUCAAAUGUAUUUUGUAAAGUUUUUACAGAAAUAUUACCGAGUUUUUAAUCUUACAUUCACAAAUCUAUCUUUUUAUCUUGAAAUUUUUUUUUCUACUUCUAUCAAUAGCUAUAGUUCACACCACAGCCAAAGUUUUUUGUUUUUUUGUUUUUGCUUUUUUUUGGAGUGUUAGUGAAUUAUUUUAAUGAGUUAUAUACAUCCAGUACUAGGAAAAGCAGCUAGGAAGCCCACUAUUAAACCUCGCUGUUGUCCAAAUUCUGUGUUGAAUUCUAAUUAAAUGCUUUUUAAAAAAAUAUUUCAGGAUGCUAUUCCCAUAUGCAGUUGUAUAUUACUGUUGUUUAAGAAAUACAUAACCUGCCAACACAUAUACUUUAACAGUGUAGAGAAAACUGUACUUCAAAAUUCCCACUUAGUGUGGCUACAUUAAAUAGUGACAAACACGAGAGCCUUUUUUCAAGAUGCCUUUACUUAAUUGCAUUAGGAUAUUGGUACAUGCUCCAAAUAAGAAAAAAAAUAAGUUUCAGUGGACUAAGUAUUUAGCAAAGUGCAAGAAAAUUCCAUGUUCUGGUUCUUUUGGAAAGCAACUUCUAUUGCAUUGUGGAUGGUUAGGAUGUAAUUAAUUGAACUCUUAUUUAUAGUCCUUAUUUUGUGGAGUGCCCGAGUGUACAGUGUGAGAACCAUGGUGUCUCAAUAUUUUAAUUGUUAAUUUUUCUCAGUUUAGUUAUCUUCGAAUGAAAUGUCUAAAAUACACUUUUGUCCUUAAUAUUGAAAGAGUCAUCUUUCUUGGUUUUGACAUUUAAGAAUUGGAGUACUUUGCAAAGAUAUAUAUUAAAAUCUUCCUAGAAGUGUAGAAAUAGAUAUGCCAUAUAUUACAUAAAGCAUAUGUGUGUAGAAUGUGCCUA